AUGGACUUUUGGUCUCGUCUUAUCGGCGGUUCACGCGCGCUGUCCAACAAAUCCUCUAAGGCCACCUCACCCACGGAACGGCUGAUUGCGUUUAAACGCGCCUGCAAUGCCCUCCAGACGUAUAUUGAACGACUCAACUCGAUUCUGAGCGAGGAAGCCCGCGGGCCUGCACCGCACCCCUGUGUCGCCUAUGCAGCAUCUUCCCAGGUCUUUGUGACGGUGACCAAGCUUGCCCUCUCCUUUUACGACGAAGGGGUUCUUCGAUCAGCCACGGUAUUCUUCAACACGUUGAUCGAUGCGGAGGUGGAUGGGGUUGUGGACAACCGAUUGUUCGCCCGCGCAAUCGUGGAUCUGGUCCGUCGCGCAGAGAAGACCCCGGAGGAGAUUGAAGGCCGACUUGUCGAAUUAUUGUUUGGUAUUGCCAACAACAUUCGUCUGCAGCCUGAUAUCCUGCCUGCAUGGUUUGUGCCUCGGGCAACACCCAUCGCCCAGGAUAGCGAUUCCCAAGGUCCAAGUGGGACGGAAUUUGCAGGAGCUACAAGGAAGGAUGAGUUCCCUCUCUUUUAUCUGCUGGUGCACUAUGUUCACCACGAGGGACGCGCUGGCGACUUUGCCCGUACGGGUUUGCUCUACCUCAUUGAAACCGCAUCGCGGUCUAAGAACCUAGAGAAGUGGCUGAUCGAGAGUGACCUGGCUACGCUCAUGGCCACUGGACUCGGUGCAUUAUACAGCCAGUUGGGACACUUGUCAUUUUCUCCUACCGACGAGGACGAAAAUCUCCCUCACAUUGUUCAAUUAUCUGAUCAUGCCAAACUAGAUACCGCUUUACAGCCAACCCUAGGUCAGACGAUGGAUGCAUUCAUGUCAUAUCUAUUGUUUUGGCAGGAUACAAUCGACCACUGCAAAUCAGCUGAAGUGAACGACACCUUGCUAGACCAUUUCCAGGUGCUGUUUCUAGAGCAACUUUUAUACCCCUCCUUGUUAGAAUCAUCAGAUGUAGCUGGUGGAUCGACAGCAGCGGUGCUGACCUAUAUGUGCCGCAUCCUCGACUCGAUCGAGCAAGGCGAAUUGGUUCAUCGAAUCCUACAUUUCUUACUAGCGUCUUCCCCUCAACCCGAGGAGCAAAUGGACAUGUCUGCAAGCCGACGGAAAUCACUCAAUGUUCUAGCUGCGUUGGCCUCUGAAGCAGAUCAACCAUCACCGUCAUUAUUCAAUCUUCGUGAUUUAGCCCUACUGGGACUCCAGUCAUCGAACUGCCAGACGGUGUUAGCUACGCUACGCCUUUUAAAUACCGUUCUUCAAAGACACCAUCUAUUUGCACGGUCGCUCAUUCAUACCAUUCCUACUCAGCCCGCACGCCAGCGUCCCGUUGGCGCUUUGAAUGCCGAGCUAGAACAACUUUUGGUCAUGGGAACGUCCCUCGUCGAUGACCCCACGCUGAAUCAGUCGUACGACAACUAUGUUGCAGAUGCGACAUGUGUCCUUGAGUCCCGCCUGUGCCUACCCAUCACUUCGAUGGAGGAAGACGAAGAGACGCUACCCCUACCAUUACAGCUCCAGCAAGACGAUCCAAUAGUGCAGGCCCUUUUCACGUGCCUGGAAUCUUUCUUUACCAACAGCGUCAUCAUAAACCUGGCAUUAACAGGCGUGUUCAUGAGCCUGGCAUCCUCACAUCUUUUCUCCUUGGACGGGUGGGUGUUGGUUGAUCCCAACCAAUACGUGGUCCCAUCCUCCGAAGAAACCGACGAUGAAUUUGAUCAAGUUCGUCGGGCCUACGAGACACCAACUUGGCCUACCACAGCUGCUCCGACAUUGACAUUAGCACUCCAACGACUUGUGAACCAGGUCCGACAGUGGCAACGAGAACUCCCCGACUUCGAUGUACUGCUCGCUGCCCGACGAGAACUCUUGCACCAGGAAGAUUGCCCACAAACACCGAACCGAUCACGAGAGCCCUCAGAGCCUGCAGUAUCCUUAACGGAUCGCUCGCGCCUGUCAUACCCUGGUUCACCGGAUCCCUCCACCCUAGAUUCCCGUGGCCGGUCUACGUACCCAGUCAACUCUCCGCCUCUGUUUUCCGGUUGGGAUCGAGAUGGAUCCUCUGUUCCUUCUGAUUCGCGUGGAUCUUCGAACGCCCGGGCCAUAGCCGCUGAUGCUCUUCGUCAGCGCCUUUCCAUGCCGUUCCCGCCUGCACCCGCGGAUCCACAGUCCCCAUCUGCCGAGGAGGGAGCCUCGAGCUCAGAGAUCAAGGAUGCCCCAGUCGCAACACUUGGCCAUGUACUGACAAAUGUGGUGAUUCUUUAUGAAUUCAUCCUAGAAUUGUCGGCGGUAGUACAAGUUCGGGGAAGCUUGUUUGAAGAGGCAGGAUACGACUGUAAUUAG